GGCCUCCUAACACGGCAUGUGUAUCAACAACUUCAAAGCAUUGAUUUCUAUUUCUGCUAGUUUAUGAUUUGUGCGUUUUAAUGGUGUGAUAAUACAGCAAGAUGAAGCUCAAAACAAAGCCCUCGUCCCAUAAGUCAGAAAAUACUUUCCGAUACCUCACGUUUUCUGAGAGACUCGCAAAUGUAAACAUAAAUGUCAUCCAUCGCAUUGAUCGGACUGGAAGUUAUGGAGAGGAGGUAGAAACCUACUUCUUUGAGAGCCUGACAAAAUGGAGAGACCUGAAUUUGACAGAGCACUUCACAACAUUUGCACGAGAGGUGUCAAGCAAGUGUCAAUCCUUCAACAUGCUGGUGUUUCACCAAAAUGCCAUUGUGGAGAGUCUGAAGACCCACCUGUCUGUGAAGAACAGCAUGGCUUUCCAACCUCUAUUGGAUCUUGUUGUGCAGCUCGCCCGAGACCUCCAAAAUGACUUUUAUGUCCACUUCUCUGAUUUCUUCCUCAUCAUCACGUCUUUGCUAGACAAACAGGACACUGAAGUGCUGGAAUCGGCCUUCACCUGCUUGUCGUACCUUUACAAAUAUCUCUGGAGGAUGAUGGUAAAAGAUAUGGACAAGAUUUACAGUCUUUACAGUAAACUUCUGGCCCAUAAGAAGGAUCACAUCCGCAACUUUGCUGCCGAGAGCUUCUCUUUUUUAAUGAGAAAGGUGUCAGAUUAUGAUGCUCUGUUGACAUUCAUGUUCGUAAACCUGUCUGAGCAUCCUCAAAAGGCCAAAGGAGUAGGUCAGCUGAUCUUUGAGAUGUGUCGCGGAGUCUGUAACAUGUUCCACUCCUGUGCCACCACUGCUCUUCCAGUGGUAUUGAAGAAACUUGGACCAGCAGACAAGCAGGUCGUCGAUUUCAACUGGGACUCCAUUAAAGAAGCUCUGGAUCAAAUGGUCGAAUCUUCAGCCAACUACGUUGAUAAGGAGCAUCUGCUGCUGCUUUGGGACUCUUUACAGGACGCUAUGAAAGAAGUACUUGGAAAGCUGGAAGUUAGUGAUGCAAACCAGGUUAAUGAACACUUGGAGAGGCUCUUGUAUAUCUACCACACCCUGGUGGAGCAUCGCAAAGGAGCAAAAAUCACAAAACCACAGUCGGUCUGUGAUACACUUCUUCAUCUAGUUCAGGCAUCAGGACUUUCGUACUCCUGCUGCAGUCUGCUAUUGCAGGUUGUCGCUUCUUUUCUUAUGGGGGAGAAUCUGUCAUUACCCGCUAGCAGUAUUCAGGAACUAGUUAAAAAGGUCUUCAGCAGCGGAAUAGACCGAGACCUUAUUCUAUCAUUUGCCAAAGAGAUGUUUGACAUGAAACAAUUCGAGAAGUUAUUCCUGCCCAGUUUACUGGUGUAUCUUGAGCGGAUCUUCUGCAGCAAGGACUCUGUGAACAAGCAGUUGGUUAUGGAAUUGCUGGUCAACUUGAUUAUGUCCAAAGCUCCGCCCCCCACCGAUGGCUCCAUGGCUUUUGAGAAAUACCCACUGGUCUUUACUGGGCAGCCACUUAGGUCAACUAGACCUGAAAGAGACCAGUCUGUUCCUGUUUCCCAGCAAAUUCUGUCCCUCAUAGACAUCCCUGCAGAGCAACCGCUCUCUGAUCUUUCUCUUCCUUGGGCCGCGUUGGUCCUUCUUCCACAUGUCAGGCCAUUAGAAACUGCAAGUGUUAUACCGGCAGUGACUGCACUACUGAAUAGAUUAUUAGAUGAGGUGUGCAGUGAAACCCUGUGCAGAGGUGGGCUGUUUGUUGCUCGACAGGCCCUUAGCACCCUUCUGAGCUUCAGUGAGACAGUGGCGGUGUUAUCAUUGCUCCCAGUAGAGCUGGUCAAGAAUAUUAUAGAGAAAUUCCCCACUGAUCUGUCAGCGCUGCUGUUAGGUGAUCUGUACUACACUAGACUUUCACUCAGCGGUCGUUCCUCUCAGCUGUCCCAUGAUUCCUUGUUGGAAUUAAACAAUGUACUACAGUCCAAUUUUUCCUCCAACAUCUCUAAGAUUCGUCUGCUGAGUCUAAGAAUUAUGUCAAACUUUGAGGCUGAUCUCCCAGCGCAGGGGGAGGACAGCACAAGUGUGCAGACGGUGUUUCGUAUUUGUCUGCAGGCUGAGCAGAUUCCAGCCACCGUGCAGGACUACAGAGAAAAGCUGCUGCACCUUCGAAAACUCCGUCAUGACCUGGUGCAGCCCUGUUUGCCACGUGGACCCUUCCAUGAGAUUCCUCUUCGCUAUCUCAUUGCGAUGCUGUUUGUAAAUUUUCGACCUCUGUGGGAUGCUGUUAUUGAUCUUUUAGUGUCACAUGCUAAAGAAAUGGACAACAAAUCUUUCUGGAAGGUGUACUACGAACAUCUAGAGAUGGUCGCUGGUUUAGCCGAGGAAGAGCUGCAGAUGAACAACGAUGAAGACGACGACGACGAGGAGGGUGGUGGAAAAAAUCGGGUGCAGAUAAGAGGCCCGGGAACAGACGUGAUUGACAGCGGUGAUGUCGGAGUUCUGUUCCUGGAGCAGCUGGACCAGGCAGCAGACCCAAGCGAGCGAACAGACUUCACAAACUUUCGCAACCUUCUGUGGAAAGCCAUGGCCCAGUUUCCAGAAAGAGUGGAACCACGUAGUCGAGAGCUCAGUCCAUUAUUGCUGCGUUUCAUCAGUAAUGAGUUUUACCCGGCCGACCUGCUGGUGUCUCCCACCCAAGACCUUUUAAAGAGGAGCAGAUCUUCAGAACAAGAAAUGGGUGAAGAUGAAGAUGCUGACAUGGAGGAGGAAGACAAUGAGGAAGAUUCCAAACCAUUCAAGAGAAAAGUGCCAAGAAGAGCAGCAGCCAAACAGCUCAUCGCUCACCUGAAGGUCUUCUCCAAAUUUACCAACCCCAAAGCUUUGUAUCUGGAGCCGAGCUUGAACAAACUGUACACAGAGUUGCUGUGUCAUAAAGACCAACAGAUUCAGAAAAUAGCACUGGACUGCUUGAUGACAUACAAGGACCCAAGCAUUCUGCCCUACAAAGAGAAUCUUGAGAGGCUUUUGGACGACAAGCAUUUCAAAGACGAGAUCGUCCACUUCAACAUCGCAGAGGAAGGAUCUGUAGUGCAGGCGUCACAUCGACCGCAGCUUAUCCCCAUGCUUAUGAGGGUUCUUUAUGGCCGGAUGCGCACCAGGAUUGGUAAUAAGUUUCAGGGGAAGGCAGGGACGGCAUCACGCUCAUCCAUAGUCCUGCGCUUCUUGGCCGGAUGUCAGCCAGAGGAAAUGGGCAUGUUUAUAGAUCUUCUGCUGGAACCUGUCCGUCAUCAUAGUGAAGGAGCAUGUCUGGCUGCGGUGGAACGGACCGUAGCAGAGACAAACCUGUCCGCUGUUCUCCCUCUGGGUCGACAGCACAGUCUGCUCAACGUCAUAGACGUCCUCAUCCAUAAACUGGGUCAUCUCAUCCACAUCUACCUGCCCAAAGUCCUGCAGAUUCUGCUCUGCCUCACAGCCUCUGUGUCGUCUGUACUGGAUCAAAGGGAACAGUUGAAGCCUGGUUGCCUCAGCCCACUGAAGAACUUGCGUCGUCUCGGGGUUCUGCGUGUGCAGGACUUCUUCGAUGGCUUUGAGUCCUACAGUUUCACUGCAGAUGAGUUGGAUGCUGUUUUUGAAGCGGUGGUGUGGCCUCAGGUGUGUCGUCUGCCGACUGAAAGCCCUUAUGCACCCACACCCCUCUUGAAGCUUAUACAUGUGUGGAGCCAAAAUCCCAGGUUUUUUCCUUUGCUUGCUAAGCAGAGGUCAGGCCACCCCGAGUGUGACGUUCUGCGCAAUGUUUUUGCUCUCUUGUCCGCCAAAAACGUGUCUCCCAACACUGUGACCAUGGUGAUGGACAUAGCCGAGUGUUUGCUGACCACUCCUAACUUUGAACCCAUGGAGAGCGAGUCCGAGCUGAUCGUGAACAACUGCGUGAUCCCGGAGCCCGACCAGAGCUCUGACAUCGCUAGUGACAUCGCAGACUCUUUGACGGUGGGUUGCCGCCUGCUGCUUCCUCACAUUCCCGCGCUGCUCCGAUAUCUCAGCGGAGUUGUGAAGAACUCUGAACGGCUCAAGAAGAAAAAGUUCAGACCUCAAGUUAAUAAAGAGCUCAACAUCCUCUCCAAGAUCAGCAGGUUUGUGACCGAUCAGGAGCAGAGCUCUAUGCUUAUCAGUUUACUUCUGCCUUACCUUCAAAAGCCAAAUACUGCUCAGGAAACUGAGCUGGACAUCCUCGGUACAGUACAGAACUUACUCCGUCAGUGUUCGGAGCCCGGCGUGUUUCUCAAACCCCUCAGUAAACUUUUUUCCAUCAUCCACAACAAACUUCCACGUCAAGCUCUGUGUGAGGUGUUCAAGACCCUGUCAGACAUGGACGGCAAUCUUACGUACAUCACAGAUGUUGUCGUUCAGCUCAACUCGUUCGACAGCCGACAUCUGGAUGAGAUUCACUUUGAUGCUCGGCUGACGGCUUUCCAGAAGGCCACCAAGUUUAUUAAAGAGAUGAGCACGCUAGAUCUGAAAUACCUGAACACUGUCAUGCACAACUGCUUCCAUUCAAUACAGAUUGGAGAUAUGUCUUUAGCCGACUGCGCCACCAUGUGCCUGUCCACGAUAAUAAUGCAGCUCGCUGCAGUCGGAUGCCCAGAGGCGGAUUACAAAGAGAUCGUGCAGUACACAAUACUGGAUGCAGUGCGCAAGGGUUUAAAAAACAAGACUGAGAGCGUAAGAAGUGAAUACACUGCAGUCCUGGCCUGUCUCAUCAAGAUCUUCCCGAACCGAUCAGAGUUUCGUGACUUGGUUCAGCUGACGGAUUACAACGAUCCGGAGUCGGAUUUCUUUGAGCAUAUGAAACACAUCCAGAUACACAGGAGAGGUCGAGCGCUCCGGAAGUUCGCCAAGCAGCUGACCGACGGCACGAUUGUGAUGUCAUCACGCUCCAUGCAAAAUUACAUCAUGCCUUAUGCCAUGAUCACUCUGUAUGACGAGAAACUGCUGAAGUAUGAACCUAUGACAACGGCCACAGUGGAGCUUAUUGGUGCCGUGUGCAGACGUCUGACCUGGUCCAAGUAUUUGUUUUACCUGAAACAUUUUGUCCAUGUACUACAUACAGGGAUAACAGAACAGAAACUGGCUGUCAGCUUGCUGGUGACCGUUCUAGAGGCGUUCCACUUUGACUACAAGACUCUCAGUAAAGAAAUCGAGGCUGCCAAAAACAGGAAGACAGAACAAAGCGUUGUAGAGGAAGGGCCUGAGGAUGAGGCGGCUGAAACCGCGGAGACGGACGAAAGCGAUGCUGAGGAUGCAAUGGAAACUGAGGAUGCAGCUGCUUCCACGGCAACGGAUGUCAUGGAUACAGAGACACAAGGCUCUGUCAAAUCAAAAAAAGGCAAAGAGAGUCAGGUGAAAACAACGCCCCCUGUUGUCAGCAGCGGUCUUCCACAGAGUCAGGAAGAUCUGGAGACUCUCCUUGCAUCCAUUCAUAACACGGUCACCAAGAGCGUCCUGCCAAAACUUCACAAGUGUCUCACUGCCAAGGUAAAACGGGACGAUGAACACAAAUCUGUGAAGUCUAAGGAGGUGAAAGAUGAUGAAGUGCUCAGAGUGCCCAUCGCCUUUGCUGUGGUUCAACUCAUGAAGACUCUGCCGCAGGACAUCAUGGAGGAAAACUUACCUGGUGUUUUGCUAAAAGUGUGCGUUCACCUGAAGAGCCGAUUCCAGGAGAUCCGUGAUAUUGCUCGAAGCACUUUGGUGAAGAUCAUAGAGACUCUCGGACAUCAGUACCUUCAUUAUCUUCUCAAAGAGAUGCAGGCCGUCCUGAUGAAGGGUUAUCAGGUCCAUGUGCUGACCUUCACCGUGUACCAUUUACUCUCCAUCCUGACACCAACCUUGACCGGCGGAGAUCUUGAUCCGUGCAUGGACAUGCUCAUUUCGAUCUUCAACAAUGAGCUGUUUGGAGCCGUUGCUGAGGAAAAGGACGUCAAAGGGAUCGCUUCCAAACUGAUGGAGGCCCGGCACAGCAAAAGCUCAGACUCGUACGAGUUAGUGGCGCGUUUCUGCAGUCAAGAACGCGUUGUUCAUCUCGUCCUCCCGCUCAAAGAGAUACUGGAGAACACAGCCAGUUUAAAGGUGUCGAGGCGAGUGCAUGCUGUGUUGAGGAGAAUCGUGUCUGGUCUUCUGCUCAAUGAGAGCAUGAGCCCUCAAUCCAUCCUACUGCUCAGCCACGGCCUCAUCAGCCAAAGCCUUCCACUCAUCACCAGCAAAAACAAAGAGAAGGUCCUUCCUCCUCCAGAUCCCCGGCUGCCUCCGCCCAGCUGCUUGCUGCUGAUGCCGACUCCAAAGAGGGGCGGAGUGAAAGCCGCCAUUAAUAGCAAAACCAACACACACAUCCUGGUGGAAACGGGUCUUAGCUUGCUCCACUGCAGUCUGAGGUCUUCAAAGGUGAACUCAUCUGUCCCAUCAGUAAUCGAGAUGUUGGAUCCGUUCGUCUCGCUCCUGCUGGACUGUGUUAACUCUAUGCACGUGAAGGUCAUUUCAGAAGCCUUGCAGGCCUUCAUCUGGAUCCUGAAGUUCCCUCUGCCCGCUGUGGAGCAGAAUUUCGAUCAGCUGACCAAACAGCUCUUUGUUCUGUUGAAGGACUACAGCAAAGUGGGAGCCGCCCGGGGCGAGAACUUUCAACUGGUCCAAACCUGCUUCAAGGCCAUUACUGUUUUGGUGAAGAGUGCUACGCAGCAUAUAUCAGAAACUCAGCUGCAGGUGCUUUUGGGAUACGCUGAGGAGGACAUUUAUGAUAGCUCUCGGCGAGCCACUGCAUUUGGACUUUUAAGGGCGAUCCUCUCCAGAAAACUGGUGGUGCCGGAAAUGGAGGACGUGAUGAAGAAGGUGGCCAAGCUCUCCAUCAAUGGGAACCACGAACAGGUCCGCAUACGAUGCAGACAGAUCUACCUGAAGUACCUGAUGGACUAUCCACUGGGGAAGAAACUGAAGGGUCAUUUUGACUUUAUAGUUGCUCAGAUUAGUUAUGAAUAUGACACCGGCAGGCAGUCUGCCCUUGAGAUGCUGGCUUUUAUUUUCCAGACGUUCCCUCAGAAACUUUUGCACGAGCACUGCGGUCUGUUUUUCGUACCGUUGUCAUUGACGAUAUUGAACGAUGACUCAGCAUCUUGUAAGAAGAUGGCUGCCCUGGCCGUCAAGUCACUGUUGAAUAAAUUGGAUGUGCAGCAUCAGAAUUCCAUGUUUAGUCUUGUCAACAACUGGCUAACAGGCGAGAAGAUGGCUCUACGGCGACUGGGAACUCAGAUGUGUGGGCUUUUCGUAGAGGUGGAAGGAGAAAAGUUCACCCGAAGGCUAGAAGCCCUGAUACCCCUGAUAGAGAGAGAGAUCCACACAACCAACUUUGAAGAUAUCGAGGAAGAGGAGGAUGAGAAGGCUGCAGACCGACUGCUGUUCGGUUACCUCACUCUUGUCGUCAAACUCAUCAAAGAUUGCAGUUUUCUGGAGCUCCAUAAACCUGCCGACCUGCUCGAAAACAUCUGGGGUCAUAUUGAUUCACAUCUGCGGUAUCCUCACUCUUGGGUGUGGCUGACUGCAUCCCAGAUCUUUGGUUUGUUGUUUGCCGCUCAUAAACCUGAGGAUCUUCUUACAUUGUGGAGGUCUCAGGACAACAUAAAAAAACCCAAACAGCCUGUGGCUGCGGUUUUUCUCUCCAGCAAUCUGGAUAAAAAGAUGAGAGAGCUGGUCUUAUCUUUCUGUUACCAAUUGCAGUCAAAGUUCCUGGAUGUUGCUUCUGGGGAGCAGGUGGUAAAGAACUUGCUCUACGUGGCCAAGGUGAUUUAUCUCAUCUCACCGGAGUCAGACAUCGCAGACCAAACCGAGAAACAGGAGGAGGUAGAAGACAUCGAAGAGGAACAAGAAGAGGUAGAGGGUGCGGAGGAAGAAACGACACAGAAUAUGAAAGAUGAUGAAGAAGAGAUGGAUAAGGAUCAUCUAGAGGUGCAGGAGCUUGAAGAGCAACAGAAUGAGAACCGGCCUCCAAUGCUCCUCUGGGUCAUGAAGAAGCUUUCAUUGCUGGCCAAAAGAGAAGCAGCCAACACCCCUAAAGUGCAUUUGAAGAGAACUUGUGUGUUUAAGUUCUUGGGAGCCAUAGCUGUGGAUCUCGGCAAGGAUCGGCUCGGACCUUACCUGACCACUAUUAUUGCUCCGCUUUACAGAGAGCUGGACAGUACAUAUGCAGACCAAGAUCCCACGCUGAAGAACCUGGCUCAGGAAUUAAUCGAUUUGUUAAAGAAGCUGGUCGGUCUGGAGCGUUUCUCUCUGGCUUUUGUCGCUGUGCAGAAAGAGGCAACACAGAGACGAGCUUCCCGCAAGAAACACAAAGCCAUGCAGGCUGUUGUUAAUCCUGACAUCGCUGCCAGAAAAAAGGUGAAGAAGCAACUAAAGAAAAAUGACGCCAAAAAGAGGAAAAUUCAGUCGGUGAGGUCAGGACAUAAAGCAAAGAAACACAAAGGCAGCAGCUCUUUGAGAGACUUGGCUAUAAUGCAGUGAAUCCAUUUUCUUGCUGUUUGUUUUUUCAAGACCUCAUCCUCAAAUAUGUAACAUAUAACAUGUGACAGUUUACCGUAACCCCAUAUUUUCUGUAAAAUAUAUGGAUUUUUGCAACAUUUUAAUAAAACAAAGUCUAGGCAUUGUUGUUAUACAUGA